CGAAUGCGCAUCGCCUCGAAGCGCUCCGGAACGGAAAGGCCGAAAACUGCCUCUCUUGCUCGAAGUGGCCGAAGGUCACCUUGAACGGGAAGUUAAGUGACUUCUGCUCCAAGCGUUGCAGUAAGAUCACUUUCAACUCGGCUCCACUUAUCCUUCAUAUCAAUGUCAGCAUGGAAUCUUUCGAAGACGUGUCAAAGCAAUUCCGGGGCCAGUGGAAGCAUCCGACACCUGUUCCUACGGUCAUCAAGGUAUGGAAGAUAUUCUGCGACAAGCAACACAACGACGAGUUCUCGCGAUACCGGCUGAGCGUUGAGCGCACGCGUGAGAUACCAGGGGGCAAUAGCAAACGCCGUUGGCACGGAACGAUCCGUGCGUGUAAGAUCGGCGACAGCGAGAGUCAGCCCGCCGUAUGCAACAACAGCGUCUGCUCGCUCUGCGGGAUAAUCAAAACGUCGUUCCGCCUUGCGAAAUUCAGCCACCGAACGAACUUUGGCCGAUUCGGCGCGGGAAUCUACACUUCAGCGACGUCCUCGAAGGCGAACGACUACGUCCAAGAGCGGGGCGGAUCACCGUACAAGGCGAUGCUCCUCAGCGAUGUCGUGAUGGGCAAGGCCAUAAAGUUGACCGUUGACAGUCCGUCGCUCACACAGCCUCCUGUAGGAUAUGACUCCGUCGUCGGCCAGCCGGGGAAAAGCCUCAACUAUGACGAAGCUAUUGUCUACAAGAAUGAAGCAAUUCGGCCGCUCUUCCUGGUGAUCUAUCGUCACUGACUCUUGACGCACCAUCAAACCACCGCUUUCGUAAUUUGAUGACGAUGAACCUAUUGCACAUGAAUCAUCGUGAACAAGUCGCACUCGCAAUAUCUAUACAGUGUUAGUGCCGCCGCUCGUAGUUUCGUGGCGUAUACAACCUUCGAAACUGCUUCGAGGAAUCCGUCGCGCGGCACCCUCGAAUCGCAACAUAAUCCGC